AUGGCUCACAAAUCACAUCGUCAAAAGGCGCUCCAGGCGCAGCUCGAGGCGCCCCAGGAGAUCUCGGUCGUCAAGCCCAAGGCCCCGAAGGUCUCCAAGGUCGAGUCCGGAAUGGACAUCGACGACGACGCGGUCGACAUCAACCAGUCCGGCGGUGCUCAGGCUUCGACUUCGAGCUCUGGAUUUGCUCCUCUGAGUGCUGCUGAGCAGAGCAGCGUCAUCAAGGGAGAGUUCCGUCGCGUUCCCAUCCCCCCGCAUCGCAUGACCCCUCUCAAGCGGGAAUGGGUCAAUCUCUACACCCCGAUGGUCGCGAUGCUCGGCCUCCAGAGCUCCGGACACACUGUCGACUCGGGAGCUGUUCAGAAGGGUGCCGACUUCGUCAAGGCUUUCGCUCUCGGGUUUGACGUCAACGAUGCGAUUGCUCUCCUUCGAUUGGACGAUCUGUACAUUGACUCGUUCGAGAUCAAGGACGUCAAGACGCUUCACGGUGACCACCUUGCUCGUGCCAUCGGUCGUAUUGCCGGUGAGGGCGGUAAGGUCAAGUUCACCAUCGAGAACGCGAGCCGAACACGAAUUGUUCUUGCCGACACCCAGAUCCACAUCCUCGGCUCCGUCCAGAACAUCAAGAUUGCGCGUGACGCGAUCGUCUCGCUCAUUCUCGGAUCGCCGCCAGGCAAGGUCUACGCCCACCUGAAGACUGUUGGCGCCAGGAUGAAGCAGCGAUUCUAA